AUGUCAACACUAGCCCCAUCUCAACUCCAAUUCCGCAUUCUUCCCGCAACAAAAAAUGAUUGCCACGAGCUAGCAAAAAUAGAAGCAGCGGCCCUAGCCAGCGUGAACAAAGAGCCUCAAAGCUCACUCUGGGGAAUAACCUUCGGUCCUCCAACAGAAGAAGGCAUAGCCUUUCGCACCAAAAAUUUCACCGACACCCUACAAAACGGGCCAAGCAAAUUCUGGAAAGCGGUAAUACCCGAUGAAACCUCACCAACCGGCGAAAGAAUAGUUGCAUGCGCUCUUUGGUGUUUCUAUCAACAGCCUGAGAAAACCUCUGAUUGGAAGGAUACUACUGAUUGGCCUUCGACUGCGAAUGUAGAGGCUUGCAAUGAGCUUAUCGGGGAGCUUAAUAAUUUGAAGAAAAGGCAUAUGGAUGAGAAGUGUUAUGGUCUUCUAAGAGUGCUGUGUACACUUCCUGAGUAUCGGGGCUGUGGUAUUGCCUCUGCGCUUAUUAGAGUUGGACUUGAUUAUGGGAUCAAGGAGGGAUUGAAGCUGUUUUGGCUUCAUGGGUCUGCUGAUGGUCAGGGUCUUUAUAGGAAAUUUGGGUUUGUGGAUGUUGAGGCUUUGGAGAAGGAUAUUACGAAGUAUGGGGGUAUUGGGAAGACGAACGUCAUGGGUAUGAGAUUGGUUGUUGAGUAG